CCUUUAGAACGUUCGCAAAGGGAAAAUUUCGUUAAGCGUCCAGACGACGUGCGUUCUAUGUCUUUCUGUCUGGUAGUGGAUUUUCAUCUGGAGUUUUUUUUUCUCGCGGUUUUUUGGAUAAAUGCUUUCGUAUGUAUGGCGAAAAACUUGGCGGAUUGUAUUGAUUGUUAGAUCUGAUCUUUAAAUUUUAUUUAUGCGAACGCUUAGCAUCGGCAAGAUACCGAAGAAACGGGAAAUAAUUGCGUAGCGCGUGAAAGUUAUGACGGAUUUCCUUGGAUAGACACCCCCAAGUUCUAAUCAGUGCGUCUCCGAAAUGAUGGGUUAAAUGGAAAUGUUUUGAGAUAACACCUGCUGAAAAGCGUCGAUUCUCCCUUGUGUGCUGUGAAAGGUGUUAGAUAUGAUUGGAAAUUCCAGGGCAUAAAGGAAAUUGAAAGUGAAAAGAAAUAUCGAGGAAAGUGUCUGAAUUAGUGACCAUAUCCUUUGGAUUAUCAUAGAGAAGUUAAUGAGUCCGGGUGAGGACUGCAGCGGACGAAACGGAGCGUAAGAACUCAUUUUCAUCAUGGCUUGAUUGCAUCCGAUAAGGACUACGCCAGAGACGACGAAAAAAGAAUUUUCUGUUCAGGGUGGGUUAAUGUAGGGUUUCACAUGUCGUCAUUGGGACUAGGCACCUGCUCAAUUUUGUCAAUGAAUUCUCGAAAAGUCAGGAUGGUCCGAAAAAAGCUGCAUCACUGAAGCCAAAUACAAUUUUCACGAGUGAUAUAUGAAGUGAAAACCACUAAAAAUGUGUUACAAAGUGUGAUAUAUUUCUGUUAAGUUUUUAUAUUAUUUAAUUUUUAAUUUAAUUUGUUAUUUCUCCGUUGUUUCGUCCAAUGAAAGAAAAGUGAAGUAAAGUGCAACACGGAGGACCGUUUAUUUAGUGCGACGUUUUCUUUUCUAAUUUAACGUGAUGGAAAAUUAUUUGCAGUGCUCGAAUCGGUCCUGAGGCACUUGGUCGCGUCAUUUCAAUAAAAAGAGUGAAAAAGUGAAAGAAAAGUUUUCCUCAAGUUUUCCCUACCCCAUUGAAUAAAGUGUAUGCUUUUCGUUCGUUUUCUUCAUCAUUUCCUACAAUUUUAGAAAAGGAUACUCGAAAUUGUUUACUGGUAAAAUAGCCCGCAGACAUGGGUUGUGGCCAGAGUAAAAUUCAUUUGUAUCCGAGGAAGUCGAAGAGUAAGGCGAAUGGAAAGAAAAGCGGACACAUUGACACAGAAACCGAUGCGGAUGAAGAGGAAGGACACAUCGACGACAAUGGUGAUAAAGACAUUAAUAAAGAUAAGGAUAAACUGGAUGACGAGACAGCAUUUACCGAUGAAAAAGGAUCACCCGAACCACCGAAUGGUGAAAUAUCGGUUUCAUUGGUGCGCGCCAAAAACCUAUCGUUACUCCAAAGCCAAGAAAUAUCAAGCAGUCAGCAGAAUUUUUUUCGAAUGCUUGACCAAAAAAUCGAGGAUGGUCCUGACUACGAUUCGGCUAGUGAAACAGAGAUAGCCCUCGAAGAAGCCCGCCUAAAUGCUCUAGUCCAACAUUGGGAAUCCGCUAGUCUCACUGCAUCGUUGUGUUCAUCAGCAAGUCGUUCGUUACAAACGACACCUGUACGACAAGUGCCAAUGCGACAACCUCCACUACGAAUUGUCGCCAACUCAAUACCACAACAGCCCCUAAGUGCUGAACUACUGACACACAAUCAACAACCCUCAGGUUUAGUAUCCCAGCAAAUCUUGCAACCUCAAAACGUUAUGCAGCAACCGCUUAUGACAACUGUGGUAGUGGAAUCACCUCAGCAGCAACAACAACUAUUAGCGAAAGCUAACUUGAGUCCGAAACGAGGUGAUAAUCGGACACUGCUCUCACAAUCGGUUAUUCAUCAGACGUAUGGUGUAUCGCAACAGGCUGUGCCAGGAAGACAAAGGCAAAUGGGCGCCAUUCCUCCUCAUAUGCAGAUGGCAUAUUAUAAUCAACCACCACCUCAAUCAUAUUUUGGUGAAGUGUUACAUCCCAUGCAAGUACCUCAAGCAACUCCCGAAUAUCGUUUUCCCCCCGCAAUAAGUGUUCAACGUCUAGCGCCGCAAGUGCAAAGGCAAAUACGUGAAACGCAAGAAUUAAUAAAGGAUUCAUGUCCGCAACUGUAUGCAGCCGGAUAUGGUAGUCCUGGCCCACCAUUGCGUGCUCAACCGCGCACACCAAGACGGCCCACCCUGGAGACACAGUACUCACAGGAACUAUCGUGAUAUCUAGAAUAUUAGUUAAUAUUUUUUAAAAAAUUAUUGAUUACUAUUAUUAUAUUGUUUUAAAUUAUUUUUUACUUCCUGUUCACUGUUUAUACGUUACUUGAACCCGAGAUUACUUUACACUUUUUGUACACUAUUUAAAACUGAAACAUAAUGAAGAAAAGUAAGAGUAAUAUUCAAUAAUGACAUUAAUUACUGAGUACACAAGUAAUAUUUAUUGACUAAAUCUUAAAGUAAAGUAUAUAUUCUAUAUAUAGAGAGAGUCAAGCAAGGACGCCAUUAUAUUGUAGUUCAAAUCGGUUACGUUUGAUUUUAGAUCGUAAUAUCUGUCUACUUGUCUGCCUACAUCCGAGGAGAAAGUCAUCUGUGAAAAUGAAAGAAAAAAUGUUUAAGCAUAUAUAAUUGAUUGAGAUGUAUUACACUUUAGGAUAAGCUAGUAACACGUACACACAAGAUAUACAUAUACACACUAAGCCAAGGAAGAACAAGUACAGGAUGGAAGAGAUUCAAACGUUCAGAGGAUUAAGAAACUGACGUGGUAGCAUUAGUUAUGUAAUUACGAUUUAGGGUUCAUGUAAACGGGUAAUCACCGGACUAGUCGAAUGUAUGAAAGCUCUAAAACAAAUCUCAAUUACUGAAAUGGUGGCCCUAUGAAGAUUGACUGGUAGAUGCACGAUUAGCUUUUUUAUCGGUAGAGGACAUGAAGCAAGUGCUUCUCGAAAUUGAAAAAAGUUCAAUUUUUUGUUUAAUUUCUGAAGAAUCACCCACUCCGAGAUUGAUAUGUUACAGAUAUAAGUAAUAUUCUUCAUCCAUGGGUUUCCACCGUAUAUUUAACAGUUGGAAGGACCAAAUUGACUUAUCAUUUUUUAACUAUAAAGGAGAUGAGAGGAUUUUUGAAAAGACUUAACACCAUAGAA